AUUCUCUAUCCAGAGGUGGUCCCGUUGACUAGUAGACCCAGCUGUAUUCACUGAGCUAACAUCUUACUCAUACCUUCAUUCCUCAGAAUUGAAUUGCGGACGAAGGUUCAAUAGUCUACCUGUUCCUCCCAGCUCAGCUCCUAUAACUGCUGUCAGUGGGCAAGAGAUACGAAUAGGUUAUUUCAUCCAUUAUUUCACCAACUGCGAGUCCAUACGUUAGCGACUUCAACUGACCGGGGAUAUGGAAGAAGCCCUCAACAGCACUAUACAUCCGACCUGUUUACAAGAACCUCCGCUGGCUGUCGAUAUCAUAAAGCAGCUGGAUGUCUUUGGGGUGGCUCUGUACUCCAUGCUGACCCUCAUGUCUACAAUGUCCCUGCUACUAUACCUGGAGGAGUGUGUGUUUAUCUAUAGAAAAGUCCCGUCUCCCAAGAAGACAACUAUUAUGUGGGUAAAUGGAGCUGCACCGGUCAUUGCUACCAUGGCUUGUUUUGGUAUGUGGAUCCCAAGGGCAACCAUGUUUACAGAUAUGACCUCUAAUUCGUACUUUGCAGUGGUUGUGUAUAAGGUCUUAAUUCUGCUGAUAGAGGAGAGUGGGGGUAGCGAGACCUUUCUGAAGCGCAAUUACAAGAAAACCUUCAAGAUCAGUACAGGACCAUGCUGCUGCUGCUGUCCUUGCCUGCCCCGCAUUCUGGUCACACGGCGUAUGUUAUUCCUGCUGAAGCUGGGGGCUCUUCAGUAUGCUAUCUUAAAGACACUUCUCUCAAUCCUCUCCAUAAUAUUGUGGACCAACGGCAACUUUGAUAUUUCUGAUCUUGAGAUCACAAACACAGCGAGUUGGAUCAACCCAUUUAUAGGGGUUCUCACCAUCAUCUCCCUUUGGUCUGUCGCCAUCAUGUUCAUGAACACAUGCAACACACUGCGUAGCGUCAGGAUCAUACCUAAGUAUGCCAUGUACCAGCUGGUGCUGGUGCUCAGUCAGCUGCAGACGGCCAUUAUUAACGUCCUGGCCUUGGAUGGAACCAUUGCCUGCUCCCCGCCCUUCUCCUCUAGAGCCCGUGGCACCAUGUUGAGUCAGCAGCUAAUGAUUGUGGAGAUGUUCAUCAUCACCCUGGUCACCCGGGCAUUGUACCGCCGCACUUAUGACCCACUGCCCUCCGACCCUGACAACGACCAGAACACCAAUAUCAGCCCACAGGCACCACAGUGGGAGCCUGCUGCCUGAGAUUGUGGUGGAGUGAAUAGAGAGUGGUGUGUGUGUGUGGUUGUGUGUGUGUGUAAGAGAUGUAUCAACAGGCUUUAAUAACCUCACUAUAUAACCUCACAAAUAUGAAUUUACAGUAGCUAUGUUUCGAACCUGUUGGCACAGAUUUUUAUUUGAAUAUUCUAAAAUAUGCAGAAAUCAAAUAUGUGAAUUUUCCCACAAGAGAUGUGUUUCCAUCAAAAUUACUUGUAGAUAAAAGUAUUUGCAUGAUGACAUAGUGCUACUCGUGCACAUAAAAAUGACUUUUGCGGGUAAAUUCCCAUAUACCGAAUAAAAAAUACAAGUUAAAUGGGUUUCCAUCGCGUUUUCAACUCUACUGAUGACUUUGUCACAAAAAAAUAUUGUGUUAUUUAGCGAAUGUGCCCACUCUAGUAUUGGCACGUUCGCUCUAGCCAACAGCUCGUUCGGGUAUAGCCUAAAAAAUGAGAUUAUUAUGGACAAAAGAACAAGAUUAUUUUUAUUUGUCAAAUGGCAGUCAAGCAUCGAUCAUCAUGUCACCAGAAUAAGACCCCCGAUAUAUAUUGGAACGGAGCAUCAAGCUCAUCACUUUAGGCUUUCACCACAGACAGAGACACAGACCAGACAAGGUUGGAGGGCAUUUCGGUAGAAUGCGUUCAGUUGUGCAACUGACUUGAUAUCCCCUUUCUUCUUUUCCACCCUGUGAAGUUCAUCCUAAAUGAUUUCAUCUGUAACCUACUUAACUUCAUACCUUCCCGAGUCAUAGUGGUAGGACCACACAGCAUGUCAUCGCGUGACUUCAAAUGUACUUCUAUAUUAUGGUUAGUAUAUCAAUAUUUGAGAAUAAAAGCGUUUCCACCGACAUUUCUAGCAUAAGGAAUUUUACCGACAUUAGAAAAUCCUACCUUGCCUAGUAUAUUAUGUUUAGUUGAAAUGUGGAAAGUUUACCAACAAAUGUUAUGUUUCCCAUCAGGCCUGUCAUGACAUUUUUUACCCGACAUGUACAUUACUCGCAUAAAAAGGUUGGAUGGAAACCUGGUUACUAUUGUUGUAUUUUUAUGACUUUUGUCUUGAUUGUGUCCUAUAUUCUGCUGUUGUAGUUUUUGGUUAAUCCUGUAGGCCUAUAACAUAGAAUUACUGUAGCCUAUCUUAAAAGUUUAGUUGUAUUAUGCUGAAUAUAACGUUAGGACAUAUACCUCCAACAACAUAUCUGUCCCAUCCAUAUUGCCUCAGCUCUUAGCACGGCUAUGUGAAGUUGGAUAUGUGAGGGUUUUGGAAAUACGUUUAUAAACCAAAAUGGGUUAAAUAGUUGGAUAAAAUGUGUAUUUUGUAUUCAUAUCAAUAAAUGGAGUGUAUUACAUCUUUAUGC